AUGGCCGCCGUCGGGGCGGGGGCGCGGGCCACGUUCGGGGCCUGGGACUACGCGGUGUUCGCGCUCAUGCUCCUCGUGUCCAUGGGCAUCGGGCUGUGGGUGGGGCUGGCGCGGGGCGGGCAGCGCAGCGCCGAGGACUUCUUCACCGGGGGCCGGCGCCUGGCCGCCCUGCCCGUGGGCCUCUCGCUGGCCGCCAGCUUCAUGUCGGCCGUGCAGGUGCUGGGCGUGCCCGCCGAGGCCUACCGCUACGGCCUCAAGUUCCUCUGGAUGUGCCUGGGCCAGCUGCUCAACUCCCUGCUGACGGCCGCCUUCUACCUGCCCGUCUUCUACCGCCUGGGCCUCACCAGCACCUACCAGUACCUGGAGCUUCGUUUCAGCCGAGCUGUGCGGCUCUGUGGGACCCUGCAGUACCUGAUGGCCACAGUGCUAUACACGGGCAUCGUGAUCUACGCCCCUGCACUCAUCCUGAACCAAGUGACCGGGCUGGACAUCUGGGGGUCACUCCUGUCCACUGGAAUCAUCUGCACCUUGUACACCACUGUGGGCGGCAUGAAGGCUGUGAUCUGGACUGAUGUGUUCCAGGUUGUGGUGAUGCUGGCUGGCUUCUGGGUUGUCCUGGUUCGUGGGACCAUGCUUGGGGGCGGGCCCAGGCAGGUGUUCAAGCUUGCCCAGAACCACUCCCGGAUCAACCUGUUGGACUUUGACCCAGACCCACGGAGCCGGUACACAUUCUGGACUCUUUCGGUGGGCGGCACGCUGGUGUGGCUCUCCAUGUACGGCGUGAACCAAGCACAGGUGCAGCGCUAUGUGGGCUGCCGCACAGAGAAGCAGGCCAAGCUGGCCCUGCUCAUCAACCAGGUGGGCCUGUUCCUGAUUGUGUCCAGCGCUGCUGCUUGUGGCAUCGUCAUGUUCACACUCUACAUGGACUGCGACCCUCUCCUCACAGGGCGUAUUUCUGCCCCCGACCAGUACAUGCCCCUGCUAGUGCUGGACAUCUUCAAGGACAUGCCCGGCGUCCCUGGCCUCUUUCUGGCCUGUGCCUACAGCGGCACCCUCAGCACCGCAUCCACCAGCAUCAACGCCAUGGCCGCGGUCACGGUGGAGGACCUCAUCAAGCCGCGGCUGCCCGGCCUGGCCCCCCGCAAGCUCGUCUUCGUCUCCAAGGGGCUCUCGCUCAUUUACGGCUCGGCCUGCAUCUCCGUGGCGGCUCUGUCUUCGCUGCUGGGGGGCGGGGUCCUCCAGGGCUCCUUCACUGUCAUGGGCGUCCUCAGCGGCCCCCUCCUCGGAGCCUUCUCCCUGGGGAUCUUCCUCCCCGCGAGCAACACGCCGGGCGUCCUCUCCGGGCUGCUGGCCGGCCUGGUCGUCUCCCUGUGGGUGGCCGUGGGCGCCACGCUGUACCCGCCCACAGCGAAGAGCAUGGGGGUGCUGCCGGCCUCCGCGGCGGGCUGUGCGGGCCCCUCCGCCAACGCCUCUGGCCUCCUGGGCCCGCUCCUCAUCGCCAACGCCUCCGGGGGGGCCACCAGAAUGGACCCCGGUCGACCCAGCUUGGCUGACAGCUUCUACGCCAUUUCCUAUCUGUAUUAUGGUGCCCUGGGCACACUGAGCACCAUGCUGUGUGGAGCCCUCGUCAGCUACCUGACCGGCCCAACCAAGCGCAGUGCCCUGCAUCCUGGUUUGCUGUGGUGGGACCUCACAUCGCAGACAGCAUCAGUGGCUCCCAAGAAAGAAGUGGCUACCCAGGAUGACAGCUUGGUGAAGGGGGCCGAGGAACUGCCUCCCAGGGCCAAGAGGCCUCCUGGCUUCCUGCCCACGACCGAGGACCAGCUGCUCUUCCUGGGGCAGAAGGAGGUGAACGGGGCCAGUUCUGGCUCGUGGAACCCCGGCAGAGGGCGUGCGGGUGGCCGUGACUUGCGGGAGACAGACCUCUGA